CAUACACCCUCUCCUUCCAUUUCAGCUUCAUUUCAACCCACCAUUAUCUACUCUCCACUCUCCAUUUCACAGUCAAACACCACAGAUUUGUUACAAUGGCUGCCACCGCAGAAGCUCAGCCUGCAAAACACCAAGAAGUUGGCCACAAGAGCCUCCUUCAAAGCGAUGCACUUUACCAAUACAUUCUCGAAACCAGUGUUUACCCCAGAGAGCCAGAAUCCAUGAAAGAGCUACGAGAGGUCACUGCUAGACACCCUUGGAAUCUUAUGACGACAUCUGCUGACGAAGGACAGUUUUUGAACUUACUUCUCAAGCUCAUAAAUGCUAAGAACACGAUGGAGAUCGGUGUUUACACUGGUUAUUCCCUUCUUUCUACUGCUCUUGCUCUUCCAGAAGAUGGAAAGAUAUUGGCUUUGGACAUAAACCGUGAAAAUUACGAAAUUGGCCUUCCAAUUAUCGAGAAAGCCGGUGUUGCUCACAAGAUUGACUUUAGAGAAGGCCCUGCUCUUCCUCUUCUUGACCAAAUGGUUGACGACGUAAAAUUCCAUGGAUCAUUUGAUUUUAUUUUUGUGGAUGCUGAUAAAGACAACUAUCUUAAUUACCACAAAAGAUUAAUUGAUCUUGUGAAAAUUGGAGGAGUGAUUGGCUAUGAUAACACCCUUUGGAAUGGGUCUUUGGUGGCACCUGCUGAUGCUCCACUGCGAAAGUAUGUUAGAUAUUAUAGAGACUUCGUAUUAGAGCUCAAUAAAGCGUUGGCUGUUGAUCCAAGAGUAGAGAUAUGUCAGCUUCCGGUGGGUGAUGGAAUCACUCUGUGUCGCCGUAUAAGCUAAACACAUAUCAUGGACAACCGAAAUAAACAAUUAAUAUUUAUGUUCAUACCUUGAAAACUUGUAAAUGAAUCAUAUCUUUCAUUGAUUUCCAUUCUAUCAAUUUGCAUUGAUCAUGUAUUAAA